AUGGUUUUGCCCAGAUUAUACUCUGCUGCUUCUCGUUCUGCUUUAAACGCCGUUAAGCGUGACCUCACCUUCUCCAGAGGUUUGGCUACUGCUGCCCCAGCCACUGGUAAGAUCAGAGCUGUCAUUGGUGCUAUUGUCGAUGUCCAAUUCGAGCAAGGCCAAUUGCCAGCCAUUUUGAACGCCCUGACUAUCCAACAGGGUGACUCAAAGUUGGUCUUGGAGGUUGCCCAACAUUUGGGUGAGAACACCGUCAGAACCAUUGCUAUGGACGGUACCGAAGGUUUGGUCCGUGGUACCGCUGUCCUUGACACUGGUUCUCCAAUCUCUGUCCCAGUUGGUCGUGGAACCUUGGGCCGUAUCAUCAACGUCACUGGUGACCCAAUUGACGAGAGAGGCCCAAUUGAGCACACUAAGAGAAACCCAAUUCACGCCGAGCCACCUUCGUUCGUUGAGCAAUCCACCAACGCCGAGGUCUUGGAGACUGGUAUCAAGGUUGUCGACCUUUUGGCCCCAUACGCCAGAGGUGGUAAGAUUGGUCUUUUCGGUGGUGCCGGUGUCGGUAAGACCGUUUUCAUCCAAGAGUUGAUUAACAACAUUGCCAAGGCCCACGGUGGUUUCUCCGUCUUUACCGGUGUCGGUGAGCGUACCAGAGAAGGUAACGAUUUGUACCGUGAAAUGAAGGAAACCGGUGUCAUCAACCUCGAGGGUGACUCCAAGGUGGCCUUGGUGUUCGGUCAAAUGAACGAGCCACCAGGAGCCAGAGCCCGUGUUGCUUUGACUGGUUUGACCAUCGCUGAGUACUUCAGAGAUGAGGAAGGUCAGGAUGUGUUGUUGUUCAUUGACAACAUUUUUAGAUUCACCCAAGCCGGUUCCGAGGUGUCUGCCUUGCUGGGACGUAUUCCAUCCGCUGUCGGUUACCAACCUACCUUGGCCACCGAUAUGGGUCUCUUGCAAGAGCGUAUCACCACCACUAGAAAGGGUUCCGUCACCUCCGUCCAGGCCGUUUACGUGCCAGCCGAUGAUUUGACUGAUCCUGCUCCAGCCACCACCUUUGCUCAUUUGGACGCCACCACCGUGUUGUCCCGUGGUAUCUCUGAGUUGGGUAUCUACCCAGCUGUCGACCCAUUGGACUCCAAGUCUAGAUUGUUGGAUGCCGCUGUUGUCGGUCAAGAGCACUACGACGUUGCCGUCCAGGUUCAACAAACCUUGCAGGCCUACAAGUCUUUGCAAGAUAUCAUUGCCAUUUUGGGUAUGGAUGAAUUGUCCGAAACCGACAAGCUCACCGUCGAGCGUGCUCGUAAGAUCCAACGUUUCCUCUCUCAACCAUUCGCCGUCGCCGAGGUCUUCACCGGUAUCCCAGGUAGAUUGGUCAGAUUGAAGGACACCAUCACUUCUUUCAAGGAUGUCUUGGCUGGAAAGUACGAUGAGUACCCAGAGAAUGCUUUUUACAUGGUUGGUGGUAUCGAAGAUGUUGUCGCUAAGGCUGAGAAGUUGGCUGCUGAAGCCAACUAA